CGAAAUGAUAUAAAAUGGAAGUUAUGCCUCGAUCCUGAAGGAAAGGUUUACCGCUUUAAUCAUCGGAAUCAGAAACCUCGACUCAACUUGAAGAUCACUCCCCUUUGCGCAAGAUUUAUAUCAAGAUGUCCGUGACUUACACAAGGAUGUCUAAAGUUCCUACGCACCUCACCGCCGUCUUCGUGGCCAAGGGCAAACCUUUCGAGCUCCAGAGUCGUCCCACCCCCAAAGCUGGCCCAAGCAAGCUUCUCAUCGCCGUUAAAUUAGUGGCCCUGAGUCCAGAAGACCAUAUCAUGCGUAGCCAAGGAUUCUUUGUGCCUUCCUACCCUGCUAUCUUAGGCUUCGACAUCUCAGACUUGGUCCUCGAAGUCGGCGAUGAUGUACCUACCGGUACGACCGACGACGGCACUGGCCUCUUCUUUCAACCAGGUAUUACUCGAGUCGCAGCUUACUCGGUUGGCUUCUGGAAAUUCGGGGACCAGGAUUAUGGAAGUCUUCCAAGAACGGUGCUUUGUUCCCUGGCAGCAUGCUGUGACAAGGAUUCUUCCUUCGCCGCUGUGUACGCGACCGCUGGGUUAGCGAAUGCGAAGUAUGUGGCCUCGUUGGGCGCAGAUCGUGUCUUCGAUUACAGAGACCUCCAAGUGGUGGACGCCAUAGUUUCGGCGGCCAUGGGAGACGGCGUUGUCAUCCGGCAAUGCUUCCUUGCUAUGGGAGAGCUCGCUCCGUGUCAGGCUGUGCUCAAAGCUUUUCUUGGGGGUGAUGGACACGGGGAGAAGAAGAAGGCAAAGAUUGGCUCAGUAUCUUCUAUACUCCCAGGCGCGGAAGUAGUGAUCGGGGUAGAAGCUAUCUUCGUACAGCCGUAGACAGAGGAAGGGAAGAGGCUAAAACAGUUCCGGUAUUGAAUUGGGAUGUGGCUCAGAGACAGCCUUGCUGCAGGACUUAUCACGCCGAGUCUUGCGCCGAGGGGUGUGGGAAAGGGCUUAGGGACGAUCAAUGCUGGGUUGGAAAUAUUGCUUGAGGGAG